UUUCACAUGCCACGUCUGGAGUUUGUCAUAUCGGUAAUGCCCAGUCCUGGUCGGAUCAAUGAUAUGGCCCAUCCACAGGACCCUCACCACCCCCCCGGAAAACUGGUCAUCCAGUGCUAUAAGUGUGGGGAGCCAUGCAAAGGAGAGGUUCUUCGGGUUCAAUCCAAACACUUCCAUAUAAAAUGUUUCACAUGCAAAGUGUGUGGUUGUGACCUGGCCCAAGGCGGGUUCUUCAUGAAGAACGGGGAGUACCUGUGCACGUUAGACUACCAGAGGCUUCACGGCACUCGCUGCAAUGGAUGCGGAGACUUCGUGGAGGGAGAGGUGGUCACGGCUCUGGGGAAGACCUACCACCCUGCAUGCUUUGUCUGCACCAUUUGCAAACGACCGUUUCCUGCUGGUGACCGAGUCACUUUUAAUGGAAAAGACUGUCUGUGCCAGUGCUGUGUCCAGCCAACAUCUCCAACCCCCAAAGACGUCAGCACCUCUAGCAACUGUGCGGGAUGUGGCAGGGAUAUAAAGAACGGUCAGGCUCUUCUGGCCUUGGAUAGUCAAUGGCAUCUCGGCUGCUUCAAGUGCAAAGCCUGCGGAAAGGUGCUGAGUGGAGAGUACAUCAGCAAGGAUGGUGCUCCAUACUGUGAGAAAGAUUACCAGAUCCAUUUUGGCGUCCAGUGCGAGGCCUGUCAUCAGUUUAUCACAGGGAAAGUUUUGGAGGCAGGAGAUAAGCACUACCAUCCCAGCUGUGCACGAUGCAGCAGGUGCAAUCAGAUGUUCACGGAGGGAGAGGAGAUGUACCUGCAGGGUUCUACGGUGUGGCAUCCAGACUGUAAGAACAGCAGUAGAGUGGAAGAGAAGUACAGAGCAGCUUGGCAGCGUCCUAAAGGGAAACCCAGUCCGUUUGAUAUCUUUUACCCACACUCUCAGAUAAAGAGCUCUCGGCUGAGCCGGCGUCCCCUGAGCGGGCGUGAGCCACUCCCACUCUCAGUAACCUCUCUGCACCAAUCAGAAAGGCAGCCCACGGGGUCAUCGUCUGAGAGUAUCUGUUCCAGACCUGGUUCGAGCAUCCCUGGAUCUCCAGGUCACACAAUCUAUGCAAAAGUAGACAAUGAGAUUAUUGAUUACAAGGACCUAGCAGCCAUCCCCAGAGUCAAGGCCAUUUAUGACAUAGAGCGUCCAGACAUGAUAUCCUAUGAGACUCUCCAAUCCACCUCCUCUACCCUGAACAGACAAGGAAAGCACAGCCCAGGAGAGCUUGGCACAGCAUCAGGUGGCAGCCCCCUAAGAGGCCGAGCCACAACCCUGCCACAAGACCCCUCCACACUGUCCGCCGAAACAUCUCCGAGGACGCUGUCUCCCACCCCUUCUGCUGAGGGCUGCUACGACACGAGGGAACGCAUCAUACAGCGAUCCACCAGUCAGGGCUCUAUCGGCUCUCCGGUCUAUCACCGGCACAACUACAUACCGCCCAUAUCCAAAUCUCCCCAGCACUUUCACAGACCAGGAAUGCUGAAGCUCUGCUCUUCCUUGCGCUCCAGCCACAGCGAUACGCGCCCCACCUCCCCUUUCCGACAUCACUUCCUCCCCCACAACAAAGAUUCUUUCUGCAUAGGCACUGAGCCGUCCAGUGGCCGGAGUUCUCCCCUUUCCUCUCGGCCGGCCACCCCGACCCUCUCUCUGACCCCUAAACAUUUCCACAUCCCAGACCAAGGCAUUAACAUGUAUAGAAAACCACCAAUCUACAAACAGCAUGCUGCCCUGGCAGCCCAAAGCAAGUCUGCCGAUGACAUCAUCAAAUCGUCCAAGUUCCCUGCUGCCCACGCCCCUCGACCGGAUGAAACCCCAAAGAUUGAGACCGACUACUGGCCGUGCCCUCCAUCCCUCGCUGCUUUAGGUUCAGAUAGCAGGAGUCGCUCACAAAACGAAGAGGAGGAGGAGCAUUUGAAACGUAGGCAACUUCAGGAAGAACAUCUCAGCAAGAUUCAGUCUGGACUUGGGAAGCUCAUUCUGAAGGAAGAAAUGGAGAGGGAAUUGACCAGAGAGAAAUACACACGCAGUGUUGCCGCCCAAUGCUUUGACUCCCAAUACGCAAACUGUAUCACAGACUCCCAAACCUCCAAAACAUCAUCUCUACCGGGAUAUGGACGCAAUGGCCUGCAUCGACCGCAAUCUACCGAACUCUCGCAGUAUAACAGUUAUGGGGAUGUGUGUGGAGGACGAAGAGAUUUUAAGCCCACCCAAGAUGCCCAAGAUUCCAUUACAAGAAUGGACAGGGGAAUGUCUAUGCCUAAUAUGUUGGAAUAUAAAGUGUACCCAUGUGAAAUGCUCACUGUCGCCAACAGAGGGCGUACUAAGCUCCCGAAGGACGUGGACAGGACGAGAUUGGAGCGCCACUUGGCUCCCGAGACGUUCUUUGACAUUUUUGGAAUGGAAAUCCACGAGUUUGACAGACUUCCGCUUUGGAAGCGCAAUGAUAUGAAGAAGAAAGCGAAACUCUUCUAGAUAACUGUGCAUGUUUUAAUUUAUCAGUCACUCAUAUAAUGUAUUAGAGCUAUAGUUCUCUGAUUUCCUUGUUUUUAUUCUUUUAUUUUGGUUUGAUUUUUUUGGUUUGCAUCCAUCAUGCACAAAAAUCAAUGUUGCUUCACGAAGCCCACUCCUUAUUUUCCCCGAAUCUAGAGCGACUGUUUGAGGUUUGAGUGAGCCGAUGGUGUCCUUUGCACUCAUUAAACCCGCUUCCAGAGACUUCUCCUCCUGCACCUCUUGUAAAACAGGACUGUAAUAUUUUAGAUGAGGGACCGGGGGCUGUCAGCGGGGCUCUCCCUCUAAACAGGCUGUUAAGGUGGUGAAGUUGAAGGAAUCCCUGGAGACCCCUGCUGCUACAGACCUAACCAGAGCUUUCAUGUGCGUUAAACUGGGGAAAUGGGCGCUACUGAAGAUGUUUCCACCUGCGGAGUCAAAGCCCCCCGGCUCAUCCGAGUCCCGGCUCUGGAAAGCAUUAGAAAGUGUUGAAAGUGAGAUCGGCGUUCGUUCCCAUCAGACCUCUGCCGCCUGAACACGGUCUACAAAAACCACGUAAAGUAGCUAGCAUGUUCUCGCCAUAGCCAAAGUCUAAAACAGCACCUGAGAUAGAUAAGUUCUUUAUAUGAAAUUCUUUUGUCUGAUGAUGUCAUAAGAGGUAGCGGUGAAUAUUAUUAUUAUUUAGAAAAGUAAGCGUAAAGAAUUCCUUUUUAAAAUUGUUAUUGACGUGUUUCACCGCUAGAGGCCAGGCUCGAGUCAUACUCAGAUUGGUCCUCUUCUGCACAGAGUCCUCAGAUUCAGACAGUCUGUUUAUUUUGACCACAGUUGGGUCCUUUCUGCAAUAUUUAAUAGCAUAUCGUUUUAAAUAACGUUAAAAAAAGCUUUUGAAAGGACUUCCUCAGAGGUUCCAAUACUGCCACUGUGUUGCCAUUGGGAUUGACGGAGCUGUAGCCAUAGCAUCUGUGCCGGGUGUUUAUUCAUACUGCUGCCGAAUAAUGCCGUUCCCAUGGACUCUGUCUCGACUUGCAGACGUGCUAUGGAAUGCUGUCAGGUAUUAUUCCCGACAGCUUCCUGUAUUCCUAACAGGGUUAAUGACAGAGAGCUAGGACAUAUUACAGCAUUGUGCUUUUAUAGUAUCACAAAACACGCAAGUACAACGAGUGUGGUUACUAGAAUCAGACGUGUAUGUCUCUAUAAAACAGAGUUGGUUUUGAUACCCCUACUGUGUACCUCAUCUUUUCUGUCUUUUUUGAGGGAAAGAUUGGGUGUAAAAAGCUCUGCUGAGUAAUAAAACUCUGCUUCAGAACGUA